AUGGAAAGUUUUGACGAAGAUGGAUCGAUUGUAGUGCCAAGUCCUGGACAUCAUGAAGAGGAUUUCAAGCGUUUUGUAAUGCUGGAGCAUUCACUGAAAGAAGAUAUCAUUACAACGAUCAUCACUUUCCUACAUAGCAAGAAUCCUGCCGUGCUAUCCCAUACAAUGACACUGACGUCACAUUUUCUUGCCCACAAGAAGUUCUCUUUCUCACUUGUUGAGGCAGGAGGAGCAGAUUUGCUGCUCACUGUAUUUAGACUGCAGCAGGCAGCUGGUCAAGUGGGUUUACUAGACCGAAGCUCGUCGAUGUGUCUUCAUGGAUUCGCUUCUUCAUUGGCAGUCAUUGAACGACUUGUUGUGUCUUACCCUGGGUUCAAGGCAAUUCUUGACUACUUUGAAAAGCACAACGGCUUGUACACUGUGCUCAGUAUUAUUCGGGUUGGCAACCAUCCAAAGUCCUCGGCACAAAGGCAACUUGCACAAGAUGCGUGUUUGUGUUUGCGUCAAUAUGUACGCAUGCAGAUGGCCUUGGUGACGCAUCGGCUCAGGAGAAAGCUGGCUCAGUUGAACCAUCCAUCGAACAGAGUGUCCAACGCCGUGCCUGCGUUAACGGCGGCGACUGCAGCAUCGCGUAUCCCAGCACGAGUCCCAAAAAUUACGUGGUCAAAAGCAAUUGAUCUCGACGACAAAACUCACGAUGCAAAUAUGGUAUUUUACGAAAAGUAUCGUUUCAGUGCUACCAGUGGCAACUCCAGCAACUCGUGGUCUGCAGCUACUGGUCCAGGCGAUGGGAUGUGGCCUCCAGCGGCAAAGUUGAGUCAUUUGCGAGGUAUUCUCGUGCUUCUAGAGGUUGUAGCUAUGAUGUGCUUAGUGAUGCACAGCACGGACCCUGAUGCAAACUCCACCACUAUUCGGAUAUGGACUGCAGAACGCGCACAGUUCUGCUUGGACUCGCUUCGGGUGUUGACGCUCGUGGUUCCAUCUUUGGCUAUCGAAGUGUGCUCAACAGAAGUAUUGCUCGAUGGAGGAAGCGCGUUAAAACAGCUAGGAAUGACCAUCCUGCUGGACAUUGCGAUGAGCAACAAUCCUAGAGACUCUGAGCUGGUACGCGAUGCGCUACGAGUGUUUUGCAACUGCGUAUCACCACCUCACCACGAAGAUUGUUGGCAGCAUCCUUACAAGGACAUUCGGCAGUAUACCCUGACAGCUCGAAGUAUGCGAACGAAGAAAGAUGAUCAGUUGCAGCGGUCAAGCUUUGACACAGUAGAUCAGGCAUCGAGCACAAUUACGCCCAACAACUGCUCAAACUGCUGUCCUAAGGCUAAGGACGAUAAAAUGCUGAGACCUGUACGAAAGUUGGCGCGUGAGCGGAAUGCAAUUAAAGACUAUCUCGCGAUCGCAGGAGGCAUUCAUGUUUACUUCACGUAA